GCUGCGGCAGCCGCUGCCCGGCGUGCGGAGGUUCCCGCUCGCCCGCCGUUCCAGGAAGCCGCCGCCGCCGCCGCCAUGGUGUCGUGCGGGGCUUUUCACAGCUUUCUUUUCGAGUACGAUACCCCCCGUAUCGUGCUGAUCCGGAGCCGCAAAGUGGGGCUCAUCAACCGCGGGGUGCAGCUCGCCAUCCUCGCCUAUGUGAUCGGCUGGGUCUUUGUGUGGGAGAAGGGCUACCAGGAAACAGACUCUGUGGUCAGUUCUGUGACCACAAAGGUGAAAGGAGUAACGCUGACAAACACAUCCACCUUGGGAGCCAGGAUCUGGGAUGUAGCUGACUAUGUUAUUCCUCCUCAGGAGGAGAACACUGUGUUUGUCAUGACCAAUGUGAUACUCACGCUGAACCAGCGCCAAGGCCACUGCCCAGAGCUUCCAGAUGAUAAAACAGAGUGCAAGGUGAAGAAGGACUGUGUUCCAGGAUAUAUCAGCACCCACGGCAAUGGCAUCCAGACUGGGGAGUGUGUACCGUACAACAGCAGCGUUAAGACCUGUGAAGUCUUUGCGUGGUGCCCUGUGGAGGAUGACUAUCAUAUACCCAAGCCAGCGUUCCUGCAAGAAUCUGAGAACUUCACCAUUCUGGUGAAGAACAACAUUUGGUACCCCAAGUUCAACUUCAGCAAGCGAAACAUCCUCCCCACUAUCAACUCCACCUACCUCAAGAACUGCAUCUAUGACUCCCAGACAGAUCCCUUCUGCCCUAUCUUUCGUUUAGGGAAAAUAGUUGAAGCUGCAGGGCAGAACUUCCAGGAAAUGGCUGUGGAGGGUGGAGUCAUGGCACUGCAGAUCAACUGGGACUGCAACCUUGACAGAGCUGCUUCCCAUUGUGUGCCAAAGUACUCCUUCCGGCGCCUCGACAACAAGGACUCUGCCCACACCGUCUCGCCUGGCUACAACUUCAGGUUUGCGAAAUACUACAAGGAUAGUAAUGACACUGAAUCACGGACACUUGUCAAAGCUUAUGGCAUCCGCUUUGAUAUCAUAGUGUUUGGAAAGGCAGGAAAAUUUGAUGUAAUUCCUACCAUGAUUAACAUUGGCUCUGGCUUAGCGCUGUUUGGCGUGGCAACAGUGCUGUGUGACAUUGUUGUUCUGUAUUGCAUGAAGAAGAAAUACUACUAUCGGGAGAAGAAAUACAAAUAUGUGGAGGAUUAUGAACUGGGAGUCAGUGAGACAGAUGGAACAAACUCCUGACCUCCUGCUGCUACAGCAGCAACUGCUGCUGUAAACUGCUGCUGUGAAUGUUACUCUGACCCUGCCAUGAGACCCAACCCCUCUUCACUGGAAGGAAGAGGGGAACAAACCUGAGAAAGGGACCUUCUUCACUACUCUUCACUACUUUUGCUGGCUGGAGCUAAUGCUCAGAGAGGAGAACAGGAUCUGCUCUUUGUCUGCUGUCUUUCCAGCUUAAUUGCACUAAGCAUACAGGGAGAAUUGUGCUUUUAUGCCAGGCCGCUGCACGGGCUAAGCUUGGGACAGGGACUGCUCUGACAUUGUCAUUUUGACAGUCCUCCUUUCCCUGAGCUCACCGGUAGCAGAGAGCAAAGGGUAAUAGGUACAGAUUCUUCCUUACAGUGAACAUGGUCCCUUGCCAGGCAUUGCCUAACCUUGGGAGAGCAGCUCCUUGCUGUUGUUAAAUCACUUUUCCUGGCCCUGAAGGAUUGUGAUGCUUAGCUGAGCCUAUGCCUACUAUUUAAUUGUGUCUCCAAGCUCCAGUGGCCACAGACCAAGACAAAGCAGUGUCUGGUUCCAUUGUACUAUGGUAAAUGGCUUACUGGUUACAGAAUUUUUUUUUUCUGUUUUGUCUAAUUCUUAUGGUACUACCUUAAAAUUUACUUUCUUUUUAAUAAAAUAUUUCUCUCUCAGCCCUCUUGGA